UUUGAACAUGCAGACCAGAUUGUCCUUUGAUCAAAUGAUUGAUCGACCACCACAAAUCUGUUGCAGUAGAAAAGUGUUCAUUCAUCUGUUGCCACUUGGUCUCAGUUACACUGACUGCACUCUGGCGUAUCACAGUGGUUUGGAUGUGUAAAACAUUUUUUCUUUUGAUCGAGUGAUGAUGGACAAACCAUGAUUGCUCUGUUUUAGUAGAAGAAGCCCAGUCAUCUGUUGCCAGUGGGUCUCAGUUUCAUUGUUAAUGCACAGAGGCUGCAAUAUGGCUUACCCCUUUUAACACUCCCAUGUUUACAUGUCAUUUCAUGUUUACUUGACAGCACAUGAUCUGACAUUACGGGUGCUUCCUGCCUAACCGCUCCCUUGUAUCACAGCGGCACCCCGAGGCUGUGACAAACAUCACACAUAUUCAUAGCUGCCCAGAUUUGUCUCGCCACAACCGCGUAAGCAAUAACCCACCGCCUUUUGGCCCUCGCUGCGCUCCGUAGCACGCAGGUGAUUCAACAACGUGCAACUAAAAAGCAGUGAGGACUUCUGGUUUGAACGAUUUUAACAGUAGCUAGUAGAGACUCAACGCACCAACUAUCAUGGCAGAAAAGCAAGCAGAGAUGACUCCACUUGAAAUGAAAGUGGUCCGACAAAUCGAGUACUACUUUGGGGAUCACAAUCUCCCAAGAGACAAGUUUCUGAAAGAACAACUUCAGGUUGAUGAUGGCUGGGUCACUCUGGAGACGAUGCUUAAGUUCAACAGGCUGAAGUCCAUAACUCCAGAAUCCAGCAUUAUUGUCUCAGCUCUCCUGAAAUCAAAGAGUGGUCUUUUGGAAGUCAGCGAGGACAAGACUAAAGUCAGGAGGUCUCCAAACAAACCCUUACCUGAACUGAAUGAUGAUUACAAAGACACCCUCAAGCACAAAUCUGUCUACAUUAAAGGUUUUCCUCUUGAAACUUCUCUUGAUGAGAUCCAGGAGUGGCUGAAUGGCAAAGACACCAUAGAGAACAUUCAGAUGAGGAGAAAUCUGCAAAGGCAGUUCAAGGGAUCAGUGUUUGUCUGUUUCGACACAGAGGAAUCCUCUCAGAAGUUCCUUGAACGUGACGACAUUAAAUCUUUCAAAGACAACGAGAUGCUGGUGUUGUCACGGGAAGCAUACCAUGCAAAGAAAGCAGAGGAGAGGAAAAGCAACAAAGCAGAAACAAAAGCAAAAGCUAAACAGGACAAGGAACAACAGCAGAAAAAUGUAGAAGACAAAGAAAUGGGUGCACUCUUGGAUGAACAGACUGGUUGCUUGUUGAGGUUUGCAGGAGAACUUGAAGAUGUCUCAAGAGAGGACUUUCAUGCAUUGUUCACUGGGCACGGAAAGAUAAAGUGGGUUGAUUUUACACGAGGAGCCAAAGAGGGAACGCUACUUUUCGAUGGAAAUGCAAAGGAAGCAUUUGAUAAGGCCAAAGAAGCAAAUGGAGGAGAAUUGAAAAUCAAGGGGAACAGUGUUGAAUGGCAAGUGCUGGAGGGAGAAGAGGAGAAAGAGGAGCUGAAGAAGAUAAUUGAAGCCCAACAGGAAUCAUUCAACAGGAACAAAGCUAGAGGUGGCAGAGGUAGAUCAGGUGGCAGAGGAAGAGGAGGCCGAAGGGGAAGAGGCGGCAGAGAUCAAGGCAGAAACCAGUACAGAGGCAAAAAGACGAAGUUUGAAAGCGAUGAUGAUGAUGAUGAUGAUGCUGACGGUCCUGCAGCCAAGGUUGCCAAAACUGAAAAUGGAUCUUAGUCAAAAAGUUGCAACCAAAUUUGUGUAUUUUUUUUAAACCUUUAUUAUAAACAGUGAAAAUGCAGAGGCAACUUAAAUCCAUUCCAGUAUAAGUGUCAGGCUGUUGAGAACCGUAAGAAGUCCACCUGGAUGUCAACCUAGAGAAAAUGAAACAAAGAUCUGUCAGUUUUCAUCUCUUAAGUCCCUGUAUGUUGUGCCUCUCAAUCAUUGUGUAUCUAUUUUCCCUCCUUAAAAUGCUUUUGAUUUUAUCAUUCAACAUAAAUUAGCUUUUUGACCAUAAUUUAAUUUCUCCUGAACAUAAAGCUGGUUUUGCACACCAGUGAUGACAAGAAUCUGUGUGCCAUUGUGUUUUUUUUUUUCUUGUAGAUUUCCUACAUUGAGUGCUGAGAACAUCUGUUUUGCUAUUUUUUUAAGUUUGCAUUAUGUGAAUAGCAAAUAAAAUCCAUUUAUAGAAAUUAGUCAAA